GAGACAAAACAAAACAAAAAAGUCUAUUCAAAGAAGAGGAGGAAUAGAUAGAGAGCUAAAAACACAAGACUACAUUUGUUCCAAGGAGGACGUUGGUUCAUUUAGUCGUCGUCGGUCGUCGAAGAAAGAUUUAUUCCUUCUUUCUUCGCCGUACACGAUCGUCGUCUAAUGCUAGAACCAUCAAAUCCAAUGGCUACAACUUCUUCUUCUCCUUCUUCUUCCUCCUCUUCAACCCCUCAUUCGUCUCCAUCACCUUCUCUGUCUCCAUCUGCCACGCCGCCACGUCAACAUAUUCUCCUCGAGCCACCAUCUUCAAAAAAGAAGAAAAACAGAACAAAUGUUUUCCGAGUCAUACGCACCGUGUUUCGCUCUUUCCCAAUCUUUACAACACCAUCCGUAGUAGCAUGCAAAAUCCCGGUUAUCCAUCCCGGUUUAGGCUUACCGGACCCGCACCACAACACGUCAAGAAUCACCGGGACGUUAUUCGGAUACCGUAAAGGCCGUGUAAGUCUCUCGAUUCAAGAAAACCCUAAAUGUUUACCUUCUUUAGUCGUCGAGCUCGCCAUGCAAACCACGACGCUUCAAAAAGAGCUUAGCUUGGGAAUGGUGAGAAUCGCUCUCGAGACUGAGAAGCAACCUCGAUCAGAUAAUAACAAUAACAAAACAGAGAAGAAUACGGAUAUUUUGGAAGAACCGUUGUGGACAAUGUAUUGUAAAGGAGAGAAGACAGGCUACGGUGUAAGACGAGAAGCGAGCGAAGAAGAUCUCAACGUGAUGGAGUUGUUACGUCCGGUGUCUAUGGGAGCCGGAGUAUUGCCGGGAAACUCGGAGUUAGAAGGAUCCGACGGCGAAAUGGCGUAUAUGAGAGCUUAUUUUGAGAGAGUUAUUGGGUCUAAAGAUUCAGAGACUUUUUAUAUGUUGAGUCCUGAAGGUAAUAAUGGACCCGAGCUUAGCUUUUUCUUUGUAAGAGUUUGAUUAAUUUUUUUCUUCUUGGUUUUAAUUAAUUUAACGUGCAUGUAUAAAUGCCCGGAUCGGCGGCUAUCGACGUUAUAUAGUAACAUUUUAGGAUAAUUCUAAGAAUUAAUUCAUUAUUUAAAUAUAUUGAUACUUGGAACUUGGA